GGGUCGACCUUGUAGACCGGCCUGUUGGACUGGUGACGAGCGCGCCUCACCAUGGCGUCCACGAGCGCCACCAUGCGGAUGAUGUUUGUGCUGCUGCUCGUGAUCCAUGUUGUAGAUUUUCGGGCUGAGGCUCAUGGAUGGGGCUGGCACAAACCUGGCGGACAUAACUCUGGUGAACACAGCGGUGGCAGCCAUGGUUCUGGUGGACAUAGCCGUGGUAGCCAUCGUCAUUCUGGUGGUCACAGCCAUGGUAGCCACCACUCUGGCAGUCGACAUAGUAGCCAUGGAAGCCAUAGCCAUGGAAGCCAUAGUCAUGGGCAUAGCCACUCAUCGUCUCAAGAGCACGGACAAGGUGGCUACAAGGGCUGUUACGUGGACAACAGAAACCGCGUGUUCCCGCAUUCACCCACGUCUUCGAAUAGCAUGACCACAGCUAUAUGUAAGGCCCACUGCAAGCGGAACGGGUACGCCUAUGCAGGCACAGAGUACGCGCAGCAGUGUUUCUGCGGGACGGCAGCGCAGUUUGCCAGGCUGCCUGCGCCCCGGCGUGCCUCCGAGUGCAACAAAAAGUGCAAAGGGAACAAGAAGGAAAUCUGUGGAGGAACAUGGCGGAUAUCAAUCUACUGGAUUGGAGGUGGGGGCGGGGGAGUCACUACGACCCGUACACACUACAGGGUGUACAACGAAGCGAAGACAUACUCCGAGGCCCAGAGGCGAUGCCAACAGGACGGUGGACAUCUUGCUGAUUUGAAAACACCUGCCAUCGCUGCCGUCGUUGCAAGACUGGUGGACACAUGA